GGAAUGAAAUGAUUUAGAUUUACUCUCAUGUUCUUCUCAGCCCUGUGGAUGGUGUACAUGACUGUGGAUCCUUCCUACAAUCCUUCAUAUAGCACCUACCCCCUCACCAUCUUCACCGAGUUCGUGGUCAACUUUGGCCUCGUAAAUAUGCCGGUGGACUUUACCCAACUCAACCCCACGAUCAUCUACCUGGUGUACAUCGCCUACUCUAUCAUCGCCUUCAUCCUUCUGAUGAAUCUGCUGAUAGCCAUGAUGAGUGACACGCAAUGGAGGGUGGCCCAGGAGAGAGACGAGCUGUGGAGGACUCAGGUGGUAGCUACGACUCUGAUGCUGGAGAGGCGGCUGCCCCGCCGCCUGUGGCCCCGACUCGGUAUGUGUGGGCUCAGCUACGGCCUGAGGGAUUGCUGGUAUCUCAGAGUCCAGACAGACCAGAACCAGAACCAAAACCAGAUGGUUGAGAACCAAACUAAGAGCCCUUACCAGAUUCUGCAGAACCAGGACCAGAACCAGGCCCUGCAGACCCAGGAGCUGCAGUUGAUGCGGGCGGAGCUGCAGCAGCUCAGGACUCUGAUCCAGAAGCUGGUUCAAAACCGGACCCGGACCGACUCAUGUUCACAGAUCGUCUGAAGGCUGCUCGUCCCCCCCCCACCAAGACAUUUUUGUCCCUCUUUUGCUUUUUGUCAGAAAAAAGGGACAAAAAGGUUGAAAAAGUGAAAAGCAACAAAAAUAUCAGGGAAAAGGGGACAAAAUAAAUGUCAGAAAAUGUGAAUAAAAGAAUAAUAAUACAAAAUAAUAACAUUUUUUUGUGGAAAAGGGGGUGAGACCGUCCCAAGACCUCCUCUUUUCUUUGACCAAAGAGACCCUCUGCCUUGGUAUUUUAGCAAGAUGUUGUUAAAUAUCUUUGGGAGGAAAAGUUGGAACAUUUUCAGGAAUAAUUCAUAAUAUUUUAGAAAAGACACAUCUUCUCUGAUGAACAUUCAUCAGAGCAGAUUCCAUUUUCUAAAACCAGAACAGAGACACCGAAAUCCCCGCCGAAUGACUGGCAGCUCACAGUGCUCUGCUCUGGCUUGGCUCUACUCAUAAAUCCUGUGACAGUGUUUUUGCUUUUAUAUCAACAAAUAACCCAAAGUUAUUAUCUUGAUAAUGUUAUGCAUAGGAAUUUUUUUCUGUCCUGGACUCGGUCUUGACCUUGGACUCAAACCUCUUUGGACUCGGUCUCGACUAGGUCGGCUCCGAGAUCCGUCCGAGUCUGACUGGCUAGUAGUCCUUACCUAGGUACUGUCAGGGCCCUCAUACUCUGCUCCUGACUGGCUAGUAGUCCUUACCUAGGUACUGUCAGGGCCCUCAUACUCUGCUCCUGACUGGCUAGUAGUCCUUACCUAGGUACUGUCAGGGCCCUCAUACUCUGCUUCUGACUGGCUAGUAGUCCUUACCUAGGUACUGUCAGGACCCUCAUACUCUGCUCCGUCUUGAUUUUAUUGAAGUUUUUAAAGAUGACUUUGGUUGCUAUGGUUACCCCCGGCACCCACAUUUUUCAGGUACUUUAUACGAGUAUUUUCCUGUUCAGAUUUUGCUUUAACGUGUUUUGGUUAUUGUGCACUCACCAAAUAAAGAACCUUAUUGAAUGCGCCCUCUUUCUUUUGGUACUGGAAGUUCAUUUUGA